AUGACGGCCAAGCACAUUGUUAUCAUUGCGGUCGUUCUUGCUGCCGUCCAAAUCGCCGUCGUAACCCACGCUCCCAAGCCUCCAUCAACAAGGUUUGCGCUGCGAACCGACACUUGGAAACGUGUACAAUCCUCCGCCGAGUACUAUGGCUGGUACGUUCGCAACCUCCGCUGCAGCAAGGCAACGUUUGACAGCAUCGUCGAGCGGAUUAUUCCGAUGGGAACAUUCUUUCUCGCGGAUGCAGGAUACAAAUUGUUCCAGCACAUGAUGACGCCGUUUGAGAUUCGACACGGGAUGCCCCAAGACGAAGCACACUAUAAUUACAUUCACAGCCGCACGAGGACCCUAGUCGAAAGGGCCUUUGGCCUUUGGAAGAACAAGUUCCGAAUGUUCAAGAGUCCCCUGGACCAUCACACACCCCAAGAGAUGGCACGCCUAAUCGAGACCAACAUGAUCCUCCACAAUUGGAUUAUCGACUUGGAGCCAACGUUUUGCGAUGAAGACAAUCCGUCGAAGAACUUCAGCACCAAGCUGAGUGGAUGCACAUUGGUGGUGACAUCACUCGAUUGA